GUGAGAAGCUUGUUGUCUGAUAUUUAUUAUUAUUCCUCCUUUUCUAUGUUUAGCCUGUCAGAGAGUUGUCAUCGAAGGAAAAAUAUGCAACUACAGCGAGAUUCUAACGUGCAGCAGGACGAGGCUUUUCUCUCUCUGCUGUCCUCGCAGAGAGAAUUGCUCAGCCGUCUAAGCCGAGAGACAGCGUCUAGGCAAGCCAGGGGGACUGGAGCUAAUGCCGCCCCGCCUUCCAGAGCCGGUGUGUCAUCUUUGGCGCAGAACCAUAGCCGUAUGUUCAUGAAUCGAUCAAUAUCCGAACGACGGUCAAGUCUCGAGUUUCUUUUUCCCAAACGCUUCUCGAUGGGACUACCGGGUGAUUUUGAUGAUCCCUUUCGCUCAUCAGUUCAUAUGGAUGGUGGACACUUAGACGAAAUAUCAAGGAUCACUUUUGAGAAGAAACAUAGAGCUCAGGAAGUGGAUAGCGGAGCUACCCCACGACGUACAAAGAGGAGAUUGAGCAGUCUCGGGUUUUUAAGCUCUUCUUUCUUUGACGACCACUUGGAGAAGCCUAGCAGCCGUCGUAGUUCAAUACUUUCCAGUGGACGGGAAUCAGUGAUUUCGUUCACGAAAGUAUCGUCCCUUUCAUCCAAGUAUCUGUCUGGGGAUGGUAACGUCGACUCUGCAUCCGAAGAUGACGGGGACCAAACGGAUGACGGUAUAGACGAUGUCUCUAUCGAGCCUUUAGAGUUUGAGAACGAAAAGAUUGACCCAAUUCAGCUGAAGAGUCUGAUGGAAAAAUUUAACAAAUCAAUGGAGCACAGUCAGAAAAGUCAACAGGAUAUUCAUGACUGGGAUCGGAAAAUGGGUUUGAAACGAUCCCACAGCAAAACGAUGCGCCUGUCUUCAAGAUCGAGGAAAAAACUGCGGUCAAUAGUCAAAAAGGAGAUUUGUUUAUUGGCUCCAAAACUUUAG